GAGAUAAUAUGAGUAGCCAAUAUGCUGAACUUUAUGCGGUGUAUCAGGCACUUCAACAAGAACAGGGGCAACAAUGUCAUAUAUAUACUGAUUCAUGGGCAGUGGCACAAGGUUUGGCAACGUGGAUGCCACAAUGGAAAAAACAUGAUUGGAAAAUUAAUGAUAAAGAAAUAUGGGGAAAGAAAUUAUGGGAAGACAUAUGGUUAUGGUGUCAAAACACAAUUGUUACUGUAUUUCAUGUUGAUGCUCACAGUUCUUUAAUUUCUGCAGAACGAAAGCAUAAUUCUCAUGCUAAUCAGCUGGUGCAGAUUCAUGCAACGCACAACCCAGGCUUAGCACAAUGGGUCCACGAAAAGAGUGGACACUUGGGAGAACAAGCUUCAUACAGAUAUUCCUGCUGUGUUUACUAUGCUGUGCUGCACUUCCAUGUCUGCUGCAGACCUACACACCAACUAAUGUCUCCGUAGGACAACCUUUGACCCUGCACUGCUGGACCAACUGCUCUACACCAGUGGGACCUAUAACCUGGACUAUGAAUGGCCGAGAAAUUUGGUCUCAGAAACAUCAAGCAAUCUCUCGGUACAAGCCUAUAUCUGACCAGUCACGCAGAACUAGUUAUAAUUUCUCCAUUGCUCUGUCUUCUGUUACCCUCCGUGAUGGGGGCUGGUAUUCUUGUAUUAAAUGGAAGAAGGGAAAUCCAGAUUCCCCGUUUCUUAAAGAAACUCGAUUUAUUAGCAUCCUUCCUAAUGCCACUACUCCUCUUAAAAACACUAAUCUAUGGUUACAUUUAGCUCAUACAGUUCUUAAUGAAACUGCUUUUUGUCUCAGAAACAGUAAUAAUCCUUCUGGACUUCUACAAGCUGGUUUGUUAGGCCUAAGUAAAGUAACCAUUUCCCCACCUCCUGGAAGACGCCAGCAAGCACUUAAAAUCAAAGCAACACAACAGGGAAAGGAAAGAUCCAAAGACAGCACCGCUAAGAAAGCAAAAUCCUUCGGAACAAGCCAAGCCGGCUGGGAAAGACCUACUGCGUUGUUUACUCAUGGCCAAGAGGAGGAGCGGGAGUCGAGCGUGCCAUCCUCGGGGAUCUGGAAAGGUCUCGAGCUCCCGGGCCGCGUGCCCAGGAGCCAGCCCCUCGGGAGGAUGCUGCCCCUGCCGCCGCUCCCCCCGUCGCCCGGGCGCAUCCUCGGCCCUCGCCCCUCCAGCUCUGCAAGUGGCCCUCGGAGAACUUACGGGGCCCGCCGGCUGCCGCGCAGACGCCCCCGCCGCGGAGCCGAUCUGGGCGCAGCCGAGGGAGGGACAUUGCAUAUUCUGCCAGACUCCGGAGUCGCUCCCACCGGCACGGCCGCCGCGGACUCCCGGACACAGCGCCUCGUCUACAGAACCAUCGCAUGCUAG